UCAUUUACAAAUAAUGGGACAAAUUAAAUAAUAGCGUACUUAUAGACCUCGAAAACAGUAACAUCAUGAUUGGCAAGAAGCAUUUGACAGGAGAUCGUUCACCAAGCCCGCGGUGUAGAAACCACAUGGAGAGGCGGCCGCUUCCGACGGAGCUGGAGGACGUGCCGCCGCCCGGCUUCUACCAACGACGGGCCUCAGUCGGCCUCCAUCGUGUUGGGGUGCCCAUCGAAGAGUUAAACCAAGCGUCCGGGGCGCUGAUCCAAGCACUAGAAAUCCGAAAGCGUUACAUGGCGCAGAGCUACCAAUCCUUCUCUCAUGAGGUCUCGCAGCUCCUGGCUGAGAGCAGUCCCUCGUCGCGUCGCUCGUCCAUGGACGAGGAAGACGCAAUGAGGAGCCAUCGCGCGACCGAAGCCGAGGUGGAGCAGUACCUCAGCCUGCACGUGAUAUCGUCCGAAGUCGUGAACAAGCCGUACUCAAAUCCCCACGCCCGCCGCCCGUCCGCGUCAUCCCUCCUCCCAAAGAGUAAUUUAAACAGUAAGCUUUCAUUUCUAUCCUCCUAA